AUGGCGUUCCAGCGUGUCACCUACCGUCGCCGCAACCCUUACAACACGCGGUCUAACAAGACCCGUGUCAUCAAGACCCCCGGCGGCGACCUGCGCCUUCUGCACAUCAAGAAGCGCGGCACUGUCCCCAAGUGCGGUGACUGCGGCUCCAAGCUCUCCGGCAUUCCCGCCCUCCGCCCUCGCGAGUACGCCUCCAUCUCCCACCCCAAGAAGACCGUCCAGCGUGCCUACGGUGGUUCGCGAUGCGGUAACUGCGUCCGCGACCGCAUCGUCCGCGCUUUCCUUAUCGAGGAGCAGAAGAUUGUCAAGAAGGUGCUGAAGGAGCAGGAGCAGAGCCAGAAGAAGAAAUAG